CACUUUGAUUGAGAGUAAGGUCAGGAGCGAGCUGCCCCACGCUCCCCGCCGCUGAGAAGUUCCUUGGACGCGAACAGACGUCGACUGCAGCUCGGCAGAGCGCGGAGCGAGCGAGCGAGCGCCGCCGAAUCGCCCGCGCCCGCUGCGGGGAGAGGCAGUUCGCGCCCCGCGGCCCCGGCUCGGCCCUGCGCGCCCUGCCAUGGCGGAGGUGGGGGGGGUCUUCGCCUCCUUGGACUGGGAUCUGCACGGCUUCUCCUCCUCUUUGGGGAAUGUGCCCUUAGCUGACUCCCCGGGUUUCCUGAACGAGCGCCUGGGCCAGAUCGAGGGGAAGCUGCAGCGCGGCUCGCCCACAGACUUCGCCCACCUGAAGGGGAUCCUGCGGCGCCGCCAGCUGUACUGCCGCACCGGCUUCCACCUAGAGAUCUUCCCCAACGGCACGGUGCAUGGCACCCGCCACGACCACAGCCGCUUCGGAAUCCUGGAGUUUAUCAGCCUGGCUGUAGGGCUGAUCAGCAUCCGGGGAGUGGACUCUGGCCUGUACUUAGGAAUGAACGAGCGAGGAGAACUCUAUGGGUCGAAGAAACUCACACGUGAAUGCGUUUUCCGGGAACAGUUUGAAGAAAAUUGGUACAACACCUAUGCCUCCACCUUGUACAAACAUUCGGAUUCGGAGAGACAGUAUUAUGUGGCCCUGAAUAAAGACGGCUCACCCCGGGAGGGAUACAGGACUAAACGACAUCAGAAAUUCACUCACUUUUUACCCAGGCCAGUUGAUCCUUCUAAGUUGCCCUCCAUGUCCAGAGACCUCUUCCGCUAUAGGUAACGGACCCCUAGUGUGACCACUGUGACCCGUGUACUCUGGGGCCGCGGUUGUCUCUGCAAGCACUAUACUCAUAGCUUUUCAAUCCUCUUUCCUAUCAAUUUAGAUAACAGAGAAGCACUUACUGUUCGACUCUACCCAGCUGUUCCCUUGUUGUUCAAAGUGUAUAUCAAG